GCUGAGACAAGGAUGGCUCCGCCCUCUGGGCACAGCCCCUUUCUAAUCAGUGCACUGGGCAUCUUUGUACUCGGCUGCUUCACGAGAGGUCAGAAGAACAGCACGCUCAUUUUCACAAAGGAGAACACCAUUCGGAACUGCAGCUGCUCUGCAGACAUCCGGGACUGUGAUUACAGUUUGGCCAACCUGAUGUGCAGCUGUAAAACCGUCCUGCCUUUUGCAGUAGAGCGAACCAGCUACAAUGGCCGUCUGACCAUCUGGUUCACAGACACAUCAGCACUGGGCCUCCUGUUGAACUUCACGCAGGUCCGGGACCUGAAGCUGUCUCUGUGCAGUACAAACACUCUCCCUACUGAAUACCUGGCUAUUUGCGGGCUGAAGAGGCUUCGCGUCAGCACCGAGGCCAAGCGUCCCUCCCCAGAGCAGAGCUUACUCAUCCACGAUGGUGGGGAGAGCGCACCCAGAGAGAAGCCCAUGUUGUUACACAAAGGCUGGCAAGCAUGUAUGUAUAUCUCCUUCUUAGAUAUGGCCCUUUUCAACAGGGAAUCAUCCUUAAAAUCAUAUAGUAUUGAAAAUGUUGCCAGCAUUGCCAAUAACUUCCCUCAUUUUUCUUACUUUAAAACCUUCCCAUUUCUAAGCAACAGAAGCUACGUUGUCACAGUCAUUUACUAA